AUGCUAGCAGUCGGCACGUCAACCAAAGUAGCUUUGAUCCUGGAUACUACAAAUUUGAAGUUGCGGAGGGCUUUCAGAAUACCUAAGGCGCCCACAUCGAUGUGUUUCAGUAGGGAUAAAUCCUACGUAGUUAUCGGAGAUCGAGCCGGCCAUGUUUGCCGAUAUACAGUAGAAGCCAGUGAAAAGUCAGGUUAUAUAGACAUGAAUGGAGAAGAAUGUGAUUGUGAAGGUGAACCACUAACCAGUACCAUUUCUAUGGUUUUGGAUGUCGCCAUAACUAAUGAUGGUAAUUAUCUGUUGUCUGCUGAUCGUGAUGAGAAGAUUCGUGUUUCGAGAUAUCCACAGGCUUUCGUCAUACAAUCGUUUUGCCUUGGUCAUGCUGCCUAUGUUAGCUCACUUGCUCAAAAUGGAAGUCGAGUGUUUUCCUGUGGUGGUGAUGGUGUUGUACAUGAAUGGGAUAUACAAAAUGGUCAGUCAAUUGCUCACUCUGUCAAACUGGGCGAUGAGCCAUUGCGGAAACUUUGUAUUUCACCCAUGGUGAGUAAAAGUGAAUCAAUUGGGAUUUUUGCCAUUGGUGGAUGUACUAUAUUUCGGCUAGAUGAUAAGUUAAGAUUAAUGAAGAGCGUCAAAGCAACUAACGAAAUUGUGGAUAUCACUGUCCAAGAAAAUGAAGUUAUCACUCUAAGCAAUGCUGGUGUUCAGUUGGUCAAGGCUGAUACUGGGGAUCUAAGAGAUGCUACUAUUACAAAUGAUCUUUCUGAAGCGCUCACCGCUGCCAGAGAUCCGAUCUCAAAUUACUUCAAAAAUGUUACACAUCAAAAUAUGGUGGAUUACUUCAAAAGAAAGGCUGAAAAGAUAGAGCACAUGAGAGAGAAUCAAAAUCGAAAACGGAAAGCAAAAGAACUGCGUCGAAGAGAGGCGAAGAAAGUUGCCAAAGAAGCAGCGGCUUGUUGA